AUGCACAUUCACGCGUCCUCCUUGGCGGAGGGGCUGAGCUCCGAGUCGAUGGAGGCAGCCGCUGCCGCCGCUCUCAUCGGCGACAACUCGACGGUCCUCGGCCGCCAGAUGUCCAACAUCCUCUUGAACAACGACGGCAUUCCGAGGGCCUUCGUUCUGGUCAAGAACAACCCCGUCGACCCGAUCCUCGUCUACGGGCCCCAACUCAUUGCUGCCAUCGUGUAUGCAGGCAUGGUCGGAGCCGUCCUAUCAUUGGGUGGCGUUUACUUCUUCUACUUUUGCGGCAGGAAAGGCGACCGAUGGUUCCUCCAGCUCGGAGUGGCGGUGUCGCUCGUCAUCUACGUCUUCAAUGCCAUGGCUCUGAUGUUCAACUUUUACCGCCGGAUCUUCUUGACAAUGCUCGAACCGGACGGCUGGGACAUGCGGUCGAUAGGAUGGCAAGUGCCGACAGCAACGAGCCUGGAAGUCAUCCCCGUGAUGCUGGGACAGCUCUACUUUCUCGCCAGGACGGCCAAGUUCUUCAGCCGGGGCCGUCUCGUCUUCCUGGUCGUCGGCUCGCUCAUGAUCUUCACUCAGGCGCUUCUGGGAGUCUUGGGGCUCAUCGUCUACUCGCAGACGCUCGAUUGGUUCCGCAUCCUGCUCACACCCGGGUUUGCCAACAUCGUCAAUUCCACCCUAAAGGGAUACGUCUCGAUGCUCAUCAUCAACGAAGUGGGCUUGUCGGCCGCCCUGUGCUACAAGCUGUUUGAGCUUCGGGCCAACAGCUCUCUUGCCGCGGUCAACUCGGUCAUGUACAAGCUUGGCAUGCUUGCGGUCCAGUCGAACCUGGCGUUGGUCAUGUCUGCCGUCAUCGUCCUCGUUGCACACAGCGUCGGAUCGACGGGCUGGUACCUCCCCGUGCUGUUCUGCCAGCAUCCUCUGCACACCUUCUUUGUCCUGAUCAAUCUCAUCUACCGCCGCUCGAUGGUGACUGAGCUUGCGCAAUCGACUGCGCAGUCCAAGGGUUCGAAGGGCACGUUGCAGCCCCGCCCCUUUUCGGGAGGCUUCUCUGCGAGCGACGGCGUCCACCAGGGCGUGCCUUCGAACGGCGUGCACGCAGCGAGGCCGUGGACGCAGUGCGAGGACGACGACCAGCCCUUUUCGCUCAACAUGACGCCUCCGAACCGCCUCGACCUGCAGAUGCAAAACCUGGCGCCGUCGCGCGACGUGGGCGCGGGGCUGCCCGAGAUCAAGUACGAGCACGGUACGCCCCAGACGCACACGUCCGACAUCGAGAAGCAGGACCAGCUGCUCAAGUCGGCGACGAGCGAUUACGCGCCGUACACCUCGUCGCCCUGGACCGACGACGCUCACGAGGGCGGCGAGGUCCCGGUCUUUUCCCUCGUCCCGCCCCUCCAGCACGCCGCGGUCCCGUCAGAACGGAAAGGUCAGCCGAUGUAG